AUGAGCAAACCCACCUUCCACCGCGCCGAUGAGCGCCGCUUCCUCGACGAGCGCGGCAGCUCCGGCCCUCUCGCACCCAACGGGCUCAACCCAGCGACCAUCAUGGAAAAAGCCGUACGCGAGCGCAUCGUCGACAGCUAUUUCUACAAGGAACAAUGCUUCGGCGUCAACGAGGCCGACAUUGUGGACCGCGUGGUCGAGCACGUGGAUUUCAUCGGCGGCGUAUCGGGGAUAGCGCAAAAGCCUACGCCGUUUUUGUGUUUGGCUUUCAAGUUGUUGCAGCUGGCGCCGGGUGAUGAUGUGUUGGCGGAGUAUUUGCAGUUUGGUGGGGAAAAGUUCAAGUACCUCCGUGCGUUGGCGGUGUUUUAUGUGCGGUUGACGCGGACGGAUAAGGCUGUGUUUGAGACGUUGGAACCGUUUUUGGAGGAUCGCAGGAAGCUGCGGCGGAAGGGGAGGGACGGGACGACGUUGACGUUUAUGGAUGUGUUUGUUGACGACUUGUUGACGAAGGACCGCGUGUGCGCAACAAGUUUGUGGAAGAUGCGGAAGCGGGAUAUCUUGGAGGAUUUGGAGCUGCUGGAACCGAGGGUUAGCCCGCUUGGGGCGCUGGAGGAUCUGCUGGAAGAGGAGGAUGAGAUAAUACAGGAUGGGGAGGGAGGUGAGGCAAAUGGGGACGGGCAUGAGGAGGAUAGUGGGUCCGUCAGAUCAAGAUCGAGGUCUAGAUCAAGAUCAGGGUCGAGGUCAGACUCGAGAUCCCCACGGCGGCGGCGGACGUCGACGCCUAGGUCCGAGUCACCGAGGCGGCGCUCAGAUCAUGAUAGGAUGGAUAUUGACCGACCAGAUCGAUCUGAGGGAGAAGCGAGCCCGUGA